GUGGAUGCGGAGAGUUUAGAGUUGCUGGCGGCGGAGGGCAGGAGGGGAGCCGGGCCGGGAACGGGGGCUGGCGGGCGCUAUAGCUGGGAGUAAGUUUCCAGGAUCUGGAGAGCCUGCACGCUAGCUCGCUCCCCCACCGACCCCCCGUCGCACCCCCCGAGCAGAGACUGGGCUUCCUGUCGUUUUGCCAUGCACUUGUUGCAGAAGCAGCCAAGGCCCCGGCUCCGGAGGAUGCGGAAGGAGGAAGGCGCCAGAGCAGCCCGGCCCUGAGCACACCACCCUCGCCUCCCGCAGCAGGUCUCCACUUCCCACCUGACAGCAGCAUGACGACAGCAUGACCCGGCGGCCGCAGGAGAAUUCCCCAGAGCCAGGCCCCCCGCUCAGCCACCUGCUGCCCCUGUCUGGGUGUGUGCAGCCUCUUCUCACCGUGGUGGUGUUUAGUCUGGACCUCAGCCCGGGAGAGGAUGUAACACCCCCCGCUCUACACAUGCGUGGUCCAGGCCAGCAGGAACCCCCGGCCCCAGCCACCCUCACAGCCAUGUCAGCCGUGGAGUAGUGUGGACACCUCCUCUCAGCUUCUCAGGGUUUCAGUCCUUUUGGGUUUUCUUCAUUUACCUUCUUUUAUGGUUUUGUGGCUGGACGUUGGCAACCAAGUCAGGCACCAUGGGGGAUCAGCAGUUGUACAAGAGCAACCACGUGACCCACGGUGGUGAGAACCUUUUCUACCAACAGCCACCCCUGGGUGUCCACAGCGGGCUGAACCACAACUAUGGGAAUUCAGUCGCGGGGGGAGGAAUGGAUGCCCCUCAAGCUUCACCCAUCUCCCCGCACUUUCCUCAAGAUACUCGGGAUGGUCUGAGCUUGCCCGUUAGCUCCAAAAACCUUGGCCAAAUAGAUACCUCGAGACAGGGAGGGUGGGGAGGCCACGCAGGGCCUGGCAACCAUGUCCAGCUCCGUGGCAACCUGACCAACUCCAACGUGAUGUGGGGGGCGCCGGCCCAGGUGGAGCCAGCCGAUGGCUAUCAGUACACCUACUCCCAGGCCAGCGAGAUCCGGACCCAGAAGCUCACCAGCGGCGUAUUACACAAGCUGGACUCCUUCACCCAGGUGUUUGCCAACCAAAACCUGCGAAUCCAGGUCAACAACAUGGCCCAGGUGCUGCACACCCAGUCGGCAGUGAUGGACGGAAACCCUGACAGUGCCCUCCGCCAGCUGCUGUCUCAGAAGCCCAUGGAGCCCCCGGCACCGGCGCUGCCCUCCCGCUACCAGCAGGUGCCGCAGCAGCCUCUCCCGGGUUUCACCGGUGAGCUGUCGAAGCCAACCCUGCAGGUCGGGCAGCACCCUGCCCAGGGGCACCUGUACUACGACUACCAGCAGCCCCUGGCCCAGAUGCCGAUGCAGGGAGGGCAGCCGCUGCAGGGCCCCCCAGUGCUGUCCCAGUCCGUGCCACAGAUGCAGCACCAGUAUUAUCCACAGCAGCCACAGCAGCAAGCAGGGCAGCAGCGUCUCUCCGUGCAGGAAAUGCAGCCGCAGGUUCCGCAGCAGCAGACCCGCCCGCCUCAGCCUCAGCCUCAGCCGCCACCACGGCAAGGUCCGAUGCAGAUACCUCAGUAUUAUCAGCCCCAGCCCAUGAUGCAGCACUUGCAAGAGCAGCAGCAGCCAUCGAUGCACCUGCAGCCCCCAUCUUAUCACAGGGACCCCUACCAGUACACCCCGGAGCAGGCGCACACUGUCCAGCUGAUUCAGCUGGGCCCCAUGGCCCCCUACUACUACCAGGAGCCCCAGCAGCCCUACGGCCACCCCCUCUACCAGCAGAGCCACCUGCCCCAGCACCAGCCGCGUGAAGACAGUCAGCUGAAGACUUACUCCAGCGACAGGCAGGCCCCAGCCCUGCUGAGCUCCCACGGGGACCUGGCACCUCCUGACACGGGAAUAGGAGACCCGGCCGGCUCGGACCUGACCCGGGUUGGCAAUGCCCUCCCGCACCGCCCUCUCCUGUCCCCCUCGAGCGGGAUCCACCUCAACAGCACGGGCACUCCGCACCCGCAGCCGUCUCCCGGUGCCAUGUGGCCUCAGAUGCAUCUACCUGAUGGGAGAGCCCAGCCAAGGUCCCCCGAGUCAAGUGGCCAGCCCAAAGGAGUGUUUGGGGAGCAGUUCGAUGCCAAGAACAAGCUGACGUGCCCCAUCUGCCUGAAGGAGUUCAAGAGCCUGCCGGCCCUCAAUGGCCACAUGCGGUCCCACGGGGGAAUGAGGGCCUCCCCCAGCCUCAAACAGGAGGAAGGAGAGAAGGCCCCGCCACCUCAGCCUCAGCCCCAGCAGCCACUGCCGCCUCCGCCUCCACCUCCGCCUCCGCCUCCUCCGCAGCUCCCUCCCGAGGCAGAAAGCCUCACGCCUAUGGUCAUGCCCGUGUCUGUCCCUGUCAAGCUUCUCCCGCCCAAGCCCAGCUCUCAGGGGUUCACCAACAGCGUUGCUGCCGCCCCCUCCACCAGAGACAAGCCAGCCAGCUCCGUGUCGGACGACGAGAUGCCUGUGCUCGUGAGGAUGACCCUCUCUCCCCCACACUCCCCCCAAGGGGCUGCCCCCCGUGCUCCCGCUGUGAGUCGCUGCUCUGCCCCCUGCCUCGGGUGGGGACAUCCCUUUGCUUUUUCAGAGAUAGGACAGUUCUUCCAGAGUCACUGGCCUGAGCUCAGACAUGCGCGCACCCCGAUCACGCCCACGCCGCGCGUGCUGCUCUGCCGCCUCAACAGCAUUGAUGGCAACAACAUGACAGUCACCCCAGGGCCUGGAGAGCAGACUGUGGACGUUGAACCACGCAUCAACAUUGGCUUGAGAUUUCAAGCAGAGAUCCCGGAACUCCAAGAUGUCUCUGCCCUGGCCCAGGACACACACAAGGCCACACUAGUAUGGAAACCCUUACCAGAGCUGGAAAACCAAGACCUCCAGCAACAAGUGGAGAAUCUUCUAAAUUUGUGCUGUUCAAGUGCAUUGCCCGGUGGAGGAACCAAUUCUGAGUUUGCUUUGCACUCUCUCUUCGAGGCCAGAGGUGACGUGAUGGCGACUCUGGAAGUGCUGCUGCUGGAGAAGCCAGUCAGGUUACAAUGUCAUCCUUUAGCAAAUUACCACUAUGCCGGUUCAGACAAGUGGACCUCCCUAGAAAGAAAACUGUUUAAUAAAGCACUGGCCACUUACAACAAAGACUUUAUUUUUGUGCAAAAGAUGGUGAAGUCCAAGACAGUGGCUCAGUGCGUGGAGUACUACUACACGUGGAAGAAGAUAAUGCGGUUAGGGCGGAAACACCGGACACGCCUGGCAGAAAUCAUUGAAGACUGCAUGACAAGUGAAGAAGAAGAAGAUUUAGAGGAGGAAGAGGAGGACCCGGAAGAAGACAGAAAAUCCACAAAAGAAGAGGAGAGUGAAGUACAGAAGUCCCCAGAGCCUCCACCAGUGCCUGUCCUGGCUCCCACCGAGGGACUGUCCCUGCAGGCCCCUGGCCAGCCCUCUGGCGCCUUCAUCUGUGAGAUGCCCAACUGUGGCGCUGUGUUCAGCUCCCGACAGGCACUGAAUGGCCAUGCCCGCAUCCAUGGUGGCACCAACCAGGUGACCAAGGCCCGGGGAGCUGUCCCCUCCGCGAAGCAGAAGCCAGGCGGCGCCCAGAGCGGGUACUGCUCGGUGAAGAGUUCGCCCUCUCACAGCACCACCAGUGGCGAGACAGACCCCACCACCAUCUUCCCCUGCAAGGAGUGUGGCAAGGUCUUCUUCAAGAUCAAAAGCCGAAAUGCACACAUGAAAACUCACAGGCAGCAGGAGGAGCAGCAGAGGCAGAAGGCUCAGAAGGCAGCUUUCGCAGUAGAAAUGGCAGCCACGAUCGAGAGGACUACGGAGCCAGUGGGGGCACCGAGGCUGCUGCCCCUGGGCCAGCUGAGCUUGAUCAAACCCAUCAAGGACAUGGACAUCCUCGACGAUGAUGUGGUCCAGCAAUUAGGAGGCGUCAUGGAAGAGGCUGAGGUCGUGGACACCGAUCUGCUCUUGGAUGACCAAGACUCAGUUUUGCUUCACGGUGACACGGAACUCUAAAGCCCUGUUUGUCGCUUCCAGACAGCAAGAACCUACGGCUUCCCUCCUCAUGAAUCAGGAAACCUGGACUGCCCACUUGUUUUGUAAACCCUUUCAAACUACCUGUUUAAAAAGUGGUUGUUUUAUUCAGGUUUAGAAAAAAAAAAUCCAGUUUCUUCUCCUCUUAUUUUUAUAACUGUUUCUGUUGGGGGUCGGGGGGAAUAAAUAAUUGGCACAGCUAUCUUUAAGAGGUGUUUCAUCUGGGCUACAUCCUCAUGGGGAAUGAACCUGACAUUCGUGUUCCAUUGCUCGUAGGUGGCAACCAUCCCGGAAGCCUUCUAUCGCAAAGCUUGCUGGGAGAAUGUGUACAUGUGAAUGCAUGAGACAGGCAGCCCUCUUCGUGCUGGGGUUCUGGGUCAUCUUGUCUACCUGGAGUUGUCUAUAUUCUGUUCUGACCUACCAGGAAGUCUUCUUUUCCCCCCACAAAAUAGCUCAGAAGAGCCUGUUCUUUUGUCUGUGGUCAGGGGAGGUCUGAAAUUACUUUGUGCCACUUGGACGUCCUGUGAAACCUCCACUGGGAUUUGGCUAACAUUCACACCUGGACUAAAGUCUAUCUAGAGGCUAGCUACGAAGAAUGAGUUUUCUAGGACAUAAGGACGGCAGAUAUGAGGGAAAUUGUGUUCAAAGCCAACAGAAACGGUUUCAGAUAUGCUUUAGCUACUAUUUGGCAUUCAAACCUGAAUGUAUUCUCUGUAAGUCACUUACCAAAGCAUUCCUAGACUUCACUAAGCUGCUAAGCUGCAUGACUUUGCUCCACCACCUCCUGCCCCUGGCAGCAGGGCUGCUAUUGAUACUUGAAGGCAAUAAAACCUAUAAUCCUUCAAAAAUGUCAUUGCCCAGGCUUUUGAACUGAGUCCAACUGACCCAGCCAACUGUUGGUGCAAAAGUCAGCCUGGGGUGCAGCCCCUCACCGAGAGGACCCUGCUCCUCUCAGCGCCUUGUCCGUGUUUGAGCAUACUUUCUUUGGGGGGUACGGGGAUCGAACUCGGGACCUUGUGCUUGUGAGGCAGGCGGCAGACCCACUGAACUAAAUCCCCAGCCCUUCUUGUCAGUGUUAAUGCUGUGUUGUCCCUACUCCCAGGUCCCCCUUCUUAGGGAAACUCAUUCCCCAGCCCCAUGGGAGUGGCUGGCUGGCACACUGACAGGCUGACAGUAGAGAGACUAUCAUCGGAGGCAAGGGUGGGAACGGGGCAUCCUUUGAAUUCAGCUCCUCAGGAGCGUUUAUCACACACCCAUGGGACCAGUUGCAGUCCAGCACAGCCCCCAGGCAGGGGUUUCUGAAUCUCAGGAAGGCCACAGACAGAGGAAAGAUAGAUUCACUCUGUUUUGAUUGUUUUGUUUUCAGAGAAGUUGUCUUAGAGAUUUCCUUCAUCUUUCCUUUAGGAGAAAAAGAAAAGUUUGCUCUCUUUCAACAGGUUGUUCUAUCUUGUGUUUUACUGAAGUAGCUGGGCACUGUGCACCGGCUUCCGGCAGAGCUAGGAUAGAACCCUUCUAGAGGCCAACUCACUGGCCGGUGGAGAUGUAACCUGUUCCCAUGGGUGUCUGAGGGUGAGUCCGGAACGGUUCUAGCAAAGCUCAUCCAGCAGAGGAGCAAAUGCCCAGAACAAUGCUCAGAAAGCACAUUUCCUCUUGUUCGGAGAUUUGCCCAGUUCUUCCAGUUUUAAGCAUUAGAGAUGAGUUGAGUUGUCACAGUGAAGACGAGAUGCACAGUUUGAUUUUAAUUUUCCCUGCACUACAGUGUAUGGAUCUCUGACUUGAACUAACCAAAGAACUCCUCCUUAAUGGGACAGUUCGAACACCUAAAUGAGUAUUUCUCAACUAUCAACUGAAAAAAUUGACUUCCUUUAAAAUAUUGCACUUGUUUUUUUCCUGAAAUGAUUCUGCCUGCGUGUCUGUGCUGUGUCUCAAAUCUCUCCCCGCAGCCCACCCCAGAAACUUUCCUUCCUGACUGUCCAUGUCUUCAACAUGGUUACCUGUUUACGAUCAGAUGGUUUUUUCAUUCGUGAAUUUAGACCUCUUCGAGAAAGCUUGUAUAUAAAAAAGUUAACAGAUAUAUUUUAUGGAAAAACCCAUCUUAUUUUCAAAUAUAUUUAACUGCUGU